AUGCACUUCACACCCCUCCUCGUACUCACGGCCUUGGCCAGUAGCGUUGCCGCCAUGCCCCGCCUCUCAGGACCAUACCAUGGCGCCCGCAUCCAAAUCCAUGUCCCGACCAAUGCAACCAGUGCCCAGAACGCGACGACAACGGGUACACGUGGUCGAGUUCCUCUUUCUACGGCGCCUGCUAAGAAUGCCACCCAUGCUCGUCGGCCCUCGCACGGCAUCAAUCGCGUGAAUGUUAAUCAUUGUCAUGAGCUUUGCUCUUUGGAGGCUCAGACUUGUUCACUGGCUGUUCCGGAUGAUGAUGAAUUUUGUUGGUCGACUUAUCUGCGUUGCACGGAGAAGUGUAACCCUGCUAAUUUCCGUAUUUGA